UCCUUCUACUGCAGCAAGAUGGGCUUUGAGCCACUAGCCUACAGGGGCCUGGAGACGGGCUCCCGGGAGGUAGUCAGCCAUGUGGUCAAGCAAGGAAAGAUUGUGUUUGUCUUCUCCUCUGCACUCAACCCCUGGAACAAAGAGAUGGGCGACCACCUGGUGAAACACGGGGAUGGCGUGAAGGACGUGGCUUUCGAGGUGGAAGACUGUGACUACAUUGUGCAGAAAGCCCGAGAACGGGGGGCCAAGAUAGUGCGGGAGCCCUGGGUGGAGGAAGACAAGUUUGGGAAGGUGAAGUUUGCUGUGCUGCAGACGUUUGGGGACACCACACACACUCUGGUAGAGAAGACGAACUACACCGGCCGGUUCCUGCCUGGAUUCGAGGCCCCCCUGCUCAAGGACUCCCUGCUUCCCAAGCUGCCCAAGUGUGGUCUCGAGAUCAUUGAUCACGUUGUAGGAAAUCAGCCUGAUCAGGAGAUGUUGUCUGCCUCCGAAUGGUACCUGAAGAACCUACAGUUCCACCGCUUCUGGUCUGUGGAUGACACACAAGUGCACACAGAGUACAGCUCUCUGCGCUCCAUUGUGGUGACCAACUAUGAGGAGACCAUCAAGAUGCCCAUUAAUGAGCCCGCAAUGGGCAUGAAGAAGUCCUCGAUCCAGGAAUAUGUGGACUAUAAUGGGGGAGCUGGAGUCCAGCACGUCGGUCUCAAGACCCAGGACAUCAUCACAACGAUUCGCAACUUGCAAGAGAGAGGCAUGGAGUUCCUGACUGUACCAUCAACCUAUUACAAGCAACUUCGGGAGAAUCUCAAGACAGCCAAGAUCCGGGUGAAGGAGAGCAUUGACGUGCUGGAG